AUGUCGCUAUCAACAACAUGCAGCGCCUGCUCCAGCCUGCGCUGGCUGGAGCACUCGAUCACAGUCGCAGUUGCGCUGCGCUCACGCUCACGCUCAGCCUUUGACCGUCAAAGACGACCCUUGUCCCGACGAUGCUUUAGCAAGAGUGCCCCUUCUCUAACCGACAUCAGCGGAAGCACUGCACCGACGAGCACUGUAUGGAAAGCAGAGAGCUGGGGCUCUUUCAGCGAUCACUUGCCCAAUAUCUCGCACAUGAAGCAAAGGAAUGACAAGAAACGCAGCAAAGCACCGAAGCGACAUUUCAUAGAUCAGCUCAUCGUCAGACUCGAAUCUGGCAAGGGCGGCGAUGGUUCGGUCGCUUUUCAACGCGAGAAAUUCAAAGAGCAGGGUCCGCCUGCUGGUGGUAAUGGAGGUCAGGGGGGUGCGGUCUACAUCCGAGCUGUAGCAGGCUUGACCAGCCUAGGCGGUGUCACCAAGCGGGUGAGAGCCCACAAUGGCGGCGCUGGCGCUGGCAGCUGGAUGCAUGGACGAAAAGGCGAUGACGCGGUACUGACUGUGCCCGUGGGUACGAUCGUCCGCCAGAUAGAGGAGCUCGAGCCUGCGGGACCCUCUUCGAGCAAUCCUUGGACAGAGCAAAGACCGAGCACGAGUUUGCGACCGACAAGGAGAGAGAAGGAAGCUCUGCGUGAUGCAGAUGACAUACUGGACGAUCGCGCACAGCAAUUGCGCUUCAUGAGACAUGCUGGCAUAUCACCAGACGAUGCUUCGAAUAUGCUCGAAGAGGCAGCGCUCAAGGAGCAACGAGAGAGACUAUUCGUCCACUUUCCCAACUUCGGCGAGUCGAACGAGUCCGACGAGAACUUUCUGCGGAUAGAGCAGCAAUUGCUCAAGCUCGAACGACAAGAGCAAGCGGACAAGGAGGCGUCUCCUCCCGUCUAUCACGAUCUCGACAUGCCGACUCCCGAGGGCGAAGAGAUCUUACUACUCGAAGGCGGCCAAGGCGGCUUGGGCAACCCAGCCUUUCUGAGCAGCACCCGCAGAACGCCUCGUUACGCGACGCGCGGACGACCUGGACGUAUACUACGGAUCGAGCUUGAGCUCAAGAGUAUAGCAGACGUCGGCUUGGUCGGCUUCCCCAAUGCUGGCAAGAGUACUUUCUUGCGAGCGGUGACGAAUAGCAAGACAGAGAUUGCCUCUUAUGCCUUUACGACGCUCAACCCUCAGAUAGGCACCUGUCUCAUCUACGAUGACGGUACGUUCGGUGACGGUCAUUCGCAGCCCAUCGAGGAUACAUCGGAUGCAACGCGUAAGCACAAACUAGAGCUUGCCGAGCGACAGCAGUUGUACGACACUCGAAGGGUCGAACGGUUCAGAAUGACGCUGGCAGACUGUCCAGGUCUACUACCCGACGCGUCGCUCAACGUCGGUCUGGGCCAUGCCUUCCUGCGUCACAUCGAACGAUCCAAAGUACUGGCAUACGUUGUCGACCUUUCAGCUGCUACGCCCUGGAGCGAUCUGUUCGUCCUCAGAGAUGAGCUCGAGGCGUACCAGCCCGGGCUCAGUAACAAGGCUCGGCUGAUCAUUGCGAACAAAGCGGACAUGCUUGCCGAUCCGAGCAUGGCAGGCGAAGCUCAAGCUAGACUGGCAAAACUGAGACAUACUGCAACAUCGCUCGAGGUCGACGACAUCCAGGUCGUGCCGGUCUCUGCCAAGCUGAGACUCAAUAUAGGCAGAUCGGUCGAUUACUUACGGUCCAUGGUUGAGGCCGGUCGUGCCCGCGAACGAGAACGCAUAGAGAUAGCUCAAAGUAAGAUAGAAGAUCAGUAG